CUCUGACUUUAGAUAUAGGUUGUAUUCCUCUAAUUAUUGUUCAUUUUAUUUUAUGCACAUUCAAAGGAUUCUGUAUGAUGCAAAGAAAGUAGCUUUCGUGCUGGUCAAUUUUGUGACUGUUGUUUAUCUUGUGUUUUAGUGUUCAAUCUAGUGAAUGUUUAUGCCCUUUUUUACGAAUUGAUGAAUGAAUACAAUACUUGAAUACACUUUCUGUGAGGGAAUUUUAAUGGAAUAAAUGUAUAUCGUUAUGUUUAUAAGAUGAAGUGUAAUUAUUGUUCAGACAUUUGAAAUGAUUUUAUUAGUGUGUUCUAUUCAAAACUAUUCAGUUGGUCAAGUGUAGCACUUAUAUAACGUAUGUACAUUACUUUAUAACUUCAAGUUUAGUAAUAACAAUAUCCAAUGGGAAGUUAUGGAAACGCAAUUGCGCACAAAUGCGGAAGUUUGAUACAGUUUAUAUGGAACUGAGGGCAGAGAAUUCGGAGAAGAACACUAUAGAAUACCAAAUUCACACUUACAUUUGCAUAAACCUCUAGUGUGUGUGAGAUGGAAUGCUUAACCUUGAAAUUUUAGAGUUUGCUGAUUGACUUCAAGUCAUUAUUGAUAUUGGCUGAUGAUUCAAGAUGAAGUGAAAACUUGAACCACAGUGAGAUUCGAACCAACUACCUAAUGCAACAGUAAAAUGUUCAAAUACAGUUUAAACGAUAUUUAGGAAUAUUCUAGUGUAACAUCAUCCUGGUAUUAUAGCUAUUAAUGAGGAUAGGGUUUGAAAGGUUAUACUUUCAUUUUGACUAUUAGAAGUCCCUGCACAAAGAAGUAUAUAUUACUGAGCGUAGUUUUUCGUUAGAAACAAAUUUUUUACGAUACACAUGACUAAACGGUAUGAUCAAAAUAACUACUUAGUGUUUAUCUAAUUAUGUUCAGUACUCAACGAUCAACGAAGUCUCUGCAUGGAUUAAGAAGGCUCAAUUGCUUUCCACUAUAUUACGUCAUCUGUUGCCCCAUUGAUAUGUUUAUUUGCCCACUAAGGGCUAAGUGUACUGCUCAGCAUUCUGUUGUAUCCUAGUCUGUAGCUGUAAAAUAUGGUCACUAGUAGUGGUGGAUAUGGGAAGUCAUGUAUUCGUUCAUCGUUGCUCUCGUGGCGUGAACGAUGUGCUAUGGUACCACUACGUCCUUAAUUCAGAAGUUAGGCUUAGCUUUUAAAACAGAAGAGGGAUAUCAGUUGAAGAGGUUGUAAACGUGGUUGACACACGUGUUACAAACGCCUAGUUACAUUCCUCUUCAUUGUUCAAUAUUAGCUGAAGAAAGUGUUGGCUAGUAAAAUGCUAAAAACUUAGAUUAAAAGGCAGAAUCAUCCAAGUCUCCAGCUUUUGGUCUGUGCCAUAUAUGGAAAAUUAGACUCCUAAGUUGGGCUCUACGUAACAUUCUUAGUUAGUGAGCUGAGACUCUUAAUUAUAUAGGGUUAGGUUAUUUCCAUUCUUAUCGUGAUAUCACUAUAUCAAAACUCUGUCCAAAAUCACUAAUCCACUUUCUUUAUCAUACCUUAUGAUGAUGACGUUCUGAUGCUUUCUAAGCCUUUUGAGUGUCUUCUAAUGUUCUCUAUCCAGUGUACCUAUUGACGUAUUUUGAUUCUUUUUAUACUGAUAACAGCACUCCACUUGAGUUGAUUUUAAAUUUUAUAACCCUGCAAUAGAUGAUCCAAGUAAUCGACUGUUCGACUGGUUAGUUUGUUUGAGUGUUGCAAAGUUUAGUCUCAAGAGACAGAACUUCCACUUGUCGAGUUUAAUACUUAGAUGAUUAUGAAAGUACUUGUCUGAAUUUGCCAGAAACUUGCAUUAGGGUAUUUAAGUGUCUAAACUCUUCAGCAGUAAUAUUUGUCACUUAGCAGACUUGGAUGGGUCAGUUUGACUCACGUAAAUCUCAAUAAAAAGUUUCCUCUUUUCCACUACAACUCUUCAUAUUGUUAUCAACUUCUUCCAUCUUUUUCUUUAUGCAUUUCAGCUUGUGAUUUACUACGUGCUGUCACAGAAAGAGCACUUAUCAAUUCAGAGGGUAAACAAAGUGAGUUUAGUUGGUUGAAAGCUGGACCACAAGCACCAUCACAGUUAUGCUCUGGUGUUGUAACUUAUCCAUGGCCUGGAAUAAAUGGAGUGACAAAUGUAUCGGGUAUUUAUCAAAUAGAUAGAGGGCCAUCAAUGAAAGCAGAUUGCAAAAUUAACAAAAGAUCAAUGUCAAAAGAAAAAUACAUGAAUUCUGGUUAUACUAAUGUGCAUUCAUAUUCGAGAGAUAAUUUAUGUGAUAGACCUCCAUUUAUACCAGCUGGUGGUCGACUAAGAUGUAGUAGUGUUGGGCUGAUAAAUUCUUUUGACUCUAAAACACAUCAUAAAUACAAUUUAGACUUAGGGAAGAAGUAUGCCCGUUACUCGCAUUGUCAAGAUUCUGGUCCUGCAAGUGAGCGAGCAGUGUGGAAAUCGCCUGGAGUCUCAAAGAUCCAUAAAUGGCCUUGUGGUAAACCAACUACUUCAUUAUCAGCUCGAGCAGAUUGUACAGGGAUACCUUGGAGAACUGCUGCAAGAGCAUCAAGAUGUCAUGGUCAUCCAAAUUACCGUUGUCCCGGGAAAACAUGUCUCGAAUCACGCGCACUACACCUGGACUAUGAUCUCGUUCUUAAAUACGCAACAAAUAAGUCAGCAUUAAAUGUAAAGAAGAAUGAUGGAAAGUCUGUAAUUUAUCCACCAACAAGAAUUUUGAAUGCUUCCAAUAUUGACGGUUGUUUUUGCCAGCAACAACAAGGUUUUCAAUAUAGUCAACUGAGCUCAAAAAAGAAGUCUCAAAUGAAGACUAGUUCAGCCACCAAUUCUUCUAGGUCAUCAAAUCUGACUGUUCAGCAGAAGCUAAAACAGUUGAUGAUGAAGGUAUCACAACUUGAAAAGGAUCUUCAAGCUGAAAAGUGCAAAUCCGGUCUGUUGAUGAAGAUUCAAAAAGAUAAUGGUCAUAAUUUAUUCAAAAUUGAUUCAAACUCUCUGCAUGAGCUGCGAGGUUUUAUUUAUCGUUUAACAAGCCUUAUUGAAAAUCUUCAGCAUUCAAAGAAAAACAGUAACACAAAAACUGAAGAUAUCCAUAUUUUACAGGAUACCUUUGAAGAUUUAUGCUCACUUGUUAGUCGUAUUACAGAAGAGAAUUGUCAUUUCCAAGAAAAUCCUAUUAAUCAGUUAGAUAAUGAUUCGAUGGUGGGAGCAUUUAACAAAAACAAUCUUACUACUUAUUGUGAUAAAGUAAAUAGUAGCAUAAACAAUGAACUCGGAGAAAAUAAAUUGAAAAAUGUACGGAAAUGUAUGGACUAUUCUACUGGAAACAAAAGUAAUAAGCAAAGUUGUACUGAUAAACAAGUGAAAAGUCAUAUUCAUUGGAAAACAUACGCGAAAACUCGAGCCGUACAAACAGAAAGUUCAAAUGACCUAAUUGAUGGCAAUGCUAAUAUAACUGAUUGUAUGAAGCGAAAUCAAUAUGAUCAAACCUUUCAUCCGCAUAUCGCUUGGAUAACUACAAAUACAACAAAAGCAAUCACAACACCUACAAAUGUUACCGCUCAUUCUGUUGCCAUACUUGUCUCUGAAUCAAAUGACCCAGCAGAAAAGGAUUUAUUCCCUUUAACAAUCUCAGGAGAUCCUAGUCAACUAACCAACACUUCGAUGAAUAGUAAUAAUAAUGAUCUAUGGGUUAUGAACUAUGAAAGUAAUGAUGAUACUAAUAAUAACUAUAAUGAUAAUAAUGCUGAUGAUAUUCACUGUGUCCACUGUUUUAAUGUGAACAAAAAUGAUAACAUUCCCAUUAGUACUUCAAGUUCGCAAAUGAUAAAUAAUUUCAAAAUUUGUAAAAAACGUUCUCAAACAGAGCAAGUCUACGCUCAGUUGAAAGCAGCUACGAUUAUCAGUACAAGUUCAUAUGCUCAAAAUCCGUCAGAAGGCGAAGAAACAGGCAUUAAGAAACUCCAAGACACUAAAUCAGAGAUUGCAAUGAAUAACUUAUGGCAUUUAAAUGCAAGGUCAAUGUUCAAUGAAGCUGACAACUCCACAAGUAUCCCAAUAAAUCAACAGAAUUCGCACAAUGAGGAAUCAAUUGUUAGUGAAGAGAAUAAUGAAAACUACACGAAGACAAUAAGUAAUCAACAGUUGAACAAUUGGGAUGAGUUUAACAUUGAACAGAAUCCCUUGAACAACUUAACUUUGAACAAUGAAAAUAUUCUACUUCUAAAUGAUACUAACUCUGAUUGUAAUAAGAAUUCAAAUAUUAGUCAUCGAAGGAAUGCGCAUUUAGAUGUCGGUAGCCAUGGUAACAAUAAUGAUGAUAUUAAUAACAAUAAUAAUAAUGACAAUGCUUCAGAUGAUGAAUUAUUCGAUGAGUUAAUUAUGGCAAAUUAUUGUCCAUCAGUUGGAAAACCUACUGAUUUCAACGAGAAUUCAAAUGAUUACGAUGAAAUUGCGUUUGAUAAUUAUUCACGAACAAAUUCAAGUUUACACAUGGAAGGGGGAUCAAACCAAUUUUAUAGAUCAGCAAAUGAUUCAUUAAUAUCAUAAGAAAUGUUUGAACCUUCUUAUAAAAGUAGAAUAAUCAUGAUAACUUUGUGUUUCAGUUCUUCUCCUUCUCCUUGAUUUUUUCUUUUACAGGUAUUCUGUUUUCAGUGUGUUGAAUUGUUGAGCAGUUUUCGGUGACCCCAUCAAUCAAAUGCUAGUGAUGUAUACAUCAAACAGCCGAAAAACGCGACAAAGAGAAUUCGUACACACUUCUUAAAAUACAUACACAAAUACAUAACCAGACACAUACCUGCACACUUAUAGACAAAAACAAGAAGUACGCGAAAUAAAGUGUCUUCCCAUUUUGAUUAUCUGUUUUGUUGUCCGUGAAUUUUGUGGUAUAUAACCGAAAGUGAACGGAAAUAUAUUGAUAAAUUGUUCUCCUUUGCUUUU